GACGACCCAAAGCCAUUAAUUUUAGUAAAUUAUGGCCCGGGAGAAGCCCAAACCAAGAACGGCAGCAAUUCUAGGCUUCCAGCUUUUUCAGCUUUACUUCUUUCUCUUUUCCUUUGGCAAGCAGACGACGAUGUCCCUUCUCUGAAACCUUGGAGCUUCAAAACUAGCUGGUUGUUCAAAUGCUUUCAUGUAGGAUUUGUUGUUGGGUCAAAGUGUUCUGAGUGAGAACUGUUGAAGAUUGCAAGAAUGGCUCAGUUGUUUUUGUCAAUGCCUAAUUGGGAAGAUGAUGGAGAUGUUGACUCUACCAAACUGAUAAUAUCUCUUUUGAAUGAAUUGGAAUCUGUUUUCUGGUCUCUGAUAAAUUCUGGAGGGCGGUCAGAGGCUCGACUAUGGCUUUGCAACACUAUAUCUGGCAUAAGUUCUAUCAGUGGUGACCAGCAGUGUGAGCUAUUUGUGAAUCUCUUAAGGUCGAAGCGACUGAGUCAAGGCGUGGCCUCACAACUCUUGCAAAUGAUAUUUGAGAAGAGGCCUUAUAAAGCCGGCUGUGUCUUGGCCAAGAAAAGUUACAUGCUUGAGAAGUUCUUUCAAGGAAAUCCAAGGCGCAUACUUCAAUGGUUUUCUAAUUUUUCUGAUAGUGGAGGAUUGGGACACCAAAAAGGUGCAAAGGCGUUAUCCCAAUUUGCUUUUGUUAAUCGAGAUAUUUGUUGGGAGGAGCUUGAGUGGAAGGGAAAACAUGGACAAUCACCUGCAAUGGUAGCUACGAAGCCCCAUUACUUUCUAGAUUUGGAUGUCCAAAGGACCAUAGAGAAUUUCCUUGAAUAUGUGCCUGAAUUUUGGUCAUCCAGUGAGUUUGCAGAGUCAGUAAAAGAUGGUGAGAUCUUGUGCAUUGAUACAAAAUUCUUUAUAGAAAUGUUUCAUAAUUUGAUGUAUAAAGAAGAUGCAAGAGAUGUAUGGGAAGUUAUAAACGAGUUUCUUGUAGAGGAAUCGUUCUCAUCCUUAUGUCAGCGUCUUCUUAUUAUCCUUGAAGAGCAUGAAUUCUGCAUUUUCCUGGAGUUGCUGCGUAAAUAUAUUAACCCAAGAAUGGAACCUAGGGAUUUUGGUACCACUUCUUACUGGCUCGAGAUUAUACUUUCUAGGUGCAGUGAUUGUAAAUCUAUUGAUCAGCUACUUUUGUUAAAUGCUGUUAUCAAUCAAAGACGCCAGCUUCUUGGGUUUUUAAAUGAUGGUGAAUACCAGGACGAACAUGAAAAAAUUAAAGAUAUUGUAUUACAAAUUAGUUCAGCUUCUCUCAAAGUCAACAGUUUGUCUAUGAUUUUAAAGGAGUGCUUAAGGUUAAAUACAAUGGAAGCAAUUAAAAUAAUAGGACUUAAUUCUUGGGUCAUUUAUUCUAGGUUAUCUGAGGAAGGCUGGACUAUUGAGUCAUGGGAAUCAUUGUUUGUGAGCAGUGGAAUACAGUUUCGCAAAUCUGAUAAAUAUGUAUUGCUAAAGCAUGAUGAAUUGUCAGAAGAAAGUAGGUCAGACUUGGAUAAUAUAAUGUCAAAUAGAAGUAGGCGCAAGAAGAAGAAAAAAAAUAGAAAGAAACGAAGAAGGAAUUAUCAUGAUGAUGAUGAAAGUUACGACAAUGAGCUGAUGGAUUUUGAUACCUCAAAUAGUGGGCGAAAUUUGCAAUCUGGGGCUGUUAGCUGGUUGCUCUCCACUGAUGGAUUUUCUGCAUCAUGGACUAGUGCGGAUUUACCAGAACAUCUGUCAAAGCAUUGCUUGGCUACAUGGAUGAAGUGGCUUGUUAACAAGUGGAGCAACAUGGAUUAAUAUUCUUGGAUUAGAUUUACCAUGUCUCUACUGGUAGCUAUGGACUUCGGUGCUUCGCAUAUCUGUGAAGACUGAAACUUGUCUUUGGGCACAUUCUUGAUAUUUGAUCGUUAUCUUUACCCUUAAGAUAUGACUAAUCACGUCAUUUUUUUCAGAGUUCUCAAGGACUUUUCAAUUGGUGAGGAAAUUCUUCUAGACAGAUACUUUUAUCUGGCUUCAACUGAUAAAUUUCAAGAACUACUCAUGGUUGGAAAUGGUUUGUAAACACAUUAUCAGAUGCAGCUUCAUCUGAAACUCUCGAUCAAAUUUUGACAGCUUGAUAGGCCAAGAAGGAUACAUAUGCAACAUAAAUUUGAUCUGAUAUGCAGGUUGAUACAACAGCAUGGCAUCAAACCAUUUGCAAUCUUCAGUAGUUGCCAAUCCAUGCGAUGUAAAAUCCAGCCAAGAUCCCUAAGGUUUUUCGUCUUUAAAUUUAUAUCCGAACAGAUUUCCAUGUUCACUUGAGAAAUUUAAAAAUUGUCUUUUUCUUUUUUGUGUUAGGAUAAAGGAUGAUAGAGUAUUUGGUGAACCUGGUUCCAUCAUUUUCAACUUUGAUGCCUCAGCUAUGUAAUUUUGAUAUAUACAUUCAUUUCAGUCAUGGAAAAUGCGUUUCUGUUUUCACA